UUCCAGUCGGACUCGUUACUGAGGAGCACUGCUGUAGUUAGCACAGAUAGCAGGAGGAGCUAACCGUGAGAAAUAUCCAGCAAUUCUGCUGGAAUUAGAGCAUUAAACUAAUUUAUAGAGUUAUAUAGAGUUAGUAUAGAGUUAUAUAGAGAUGCUGCUGUUCUGUCCGGCCUGUGGGAAUGUGUUAAUAGUAGAGGAAGGGCAGAAAUGUUACCGGUUCGCCUGCAAUACCUGCCCUUACAUUCACAACAUCACCAGGAAGGUGAAUAACAGAAAAUACCCCAAACUGAAGGAGGUGGACGAUGUUCUCGGGGGAGCUGCUGCCUGGGAGAACGUGGAUUCCACAGCAGAAACCUGUCCGAAGUGUGAGCACCCGAGAGCGUACUUCAUGCAGAUUCAGACCAGAUCUGCUGAUGAACCCAUGACCACCUUCUACAAGUGCUGCAGUCCACAGUGUGGCCAUCGCUGGAGAGACUGAGCCGGCUGUGGAUCUGUAUGGACUGACUAUUUAUGGAUCCUGUAUCUUUAAAAAAUCUGAUUUACAGAGGCUAAACUCUGAGAUGGAGACUUCUCUGGAUUUAUUUAUUUUUCCACCAAGUGAAAAGAUGGUUUGAAGGCCUUUUGAAGACCCAAAAAACGCUUUAAAAGAGGUUGAUGUGAUUGUUUUCCGUUACUUCACAGCAAUUUAUUAUUUUUAAUUCAAUAAAGAGUCAAUUAAAGACA